AUGAAGCUAUCUACAGGCCACAAAUGGACUCUUCUGUGUGCUUUGGCCCCAGUCAGUUUGGCAUCCACUCUCCACCUCCCGGUACCUGCGGCCACUGCGACUGAGAGCGUGUCGUUGUCCACAGUCACGUCGUCCUAUGCCAGCACCGUGACGAACGUUGUUCCAGUUACCUACUCAAAUGUCAUCACGACGACUACUUGUACUGCUAGUGCAAGCUCUCUUGGCUCUGGUAACCAGUGCUCGGACUAUGUGUGGUCCUCAGGUGGCACAUACUAUCAAGAACGAUGUGACUCGACCGUUACUGGAAACCCUCUAGCUACCAGAGCCGUUAUGAACGUUUACUCACGCCAGGCCAAUAUCAAUAGCUGCUGGGUCUACUGUCAUAUCUUCAGUGGACUGUGCAAUAAUGUCGCUUACAACCCUGCAUCAAGCUCCUGUGCCUACCUCUGGAACACAAACGCGCAGUUUGUUUCGGCUUCAGGCUAUCAAGCCAUCGCGUCCUUUACCACCAACCCUUGCACAAUCACCACCACCGACGUUGAAACAAGUUAUAUGACACAAUAUUCCACCACUGAAGUUAUGACCACCUAUACGGUGACUGUCUCAGUCUCAUCAACCCCGACCUCAACGCCGUCUGUCGCCACCCCAAGUGCCUCCAUCCAUUCCUCUUCCAUUCCUUUAUCUGUUACGGCGAGUUUGAGCUCAACCCCAAGCAUCAUCACGCCCUCCAGUUCUCAUGUUGUGGUAAGCCCCAGCUCCGUGAUGCACAGUCCAUCAAGCGUCUCACCCCAGUCCCGUGCAUCGUCAUCCGCGGGCAUUGUGUCCGUUCCUCAGACACGGUCGCAAACUCAUGUGCGAUCUGCCGUACCAAGCUCGAGCAUAAGCCCACUACACUCGCAAGCUAUCCCAAGCUCUGUAGCUGGCUCGGCUAUCCGCUCUUCGACUCCAUAUCGCUCUUCGUUGGCUUCAGUUGCUAAGAACACACCGACAUCAACACCUCUUCUGCCAUCUUCUCGGGUCCAUACCGGCCAUCCUUACCCUAGCAGCGGCCCUCACUUCGGCAAUGGUCCUCAUUCUGGCAACGGUCCUCAUUCUGGCAGCGGUCCUCAUUCUGGCAAUGGUCCUCAUUCUGGCAACGGUCCUCAUUCUGGCAGCGGUCCUCAUUCUGGCAAUGGUCCUCAUUCUGGCAACGGUCCUCAUUCUGGCAGCGGUCCUCAUUCUGGCAAUGGUAACGGUGCUCAGGCUGGUAACGGUUCUCACUCUGGGAGCGGCCAUCCUUCUAGCAAUGGCCAUCCUUCUGGCAAUAAUAACGGCAACGGCUCUCAGCCUGGCAAGGGCUCUAAUAGUGGCAAUGGUGGUACCGAACACAGCGGCGGCUCCCCGACUCAAGAGAAAUCCACCACCUCUACGAUUCUCUCCACCAGAACUGCGACUAUCACAGCUUGUCCCUCUACUGUGACGAACUGCCCGGUCUCGGCCAAGACUACAUUUGUCACCACAGAGACCCUGGUUGUCUCGACGACCGUUUGCCCUGUUACUGAAGAAUCGCAUGCGACAACCACUGCUGCCCCUGAAGGCAAUAGUGGUGCAGCACAGAGCAGCCAGUCUUCGCAAGAAGAGCUGACUACUUCUACCAUUCUUUCAACCAGAACCGCAACUAUCACAGCUUGCCCCUCCAGCAUAACCGACUGCCCUGCUUCCAAGAAAAGCACUUAUGUCACAACGGAGACUAUCGUGGUUUCUACCACUGUUUGCCCUGUAGCAGAGCUUGCAGCCGCUACCUCGAUAGAUAAUUCAAACUACCCUGGUGCUAGUUCAACUUCUACCACCAUUGAUGUUGAAACCAGCAAUACAGUCGAAUAUUACACCUCCUCGUCAGCUUUCAGCACACGGAUUUCCACUGUCACUGCUUGUCCAUCGGCAAUGGCUUCUUGUGAGGCAUCCGCACAGACUGUUUAUGUCACUACUGAGACCUUCCUUGUCUCUCCUACCAGCGUGCCCAAUGGUGUUGAGGCCGUAGGAAAGUUGCCGACAAACACUGCAUCGACUACCUUGAUUGCAUCUAGCUCUCAGGACGUUGGCGCAGUUGAGAUCAACACAGCUGGCUCCAUUUCCAACCAUGGAUCACUCAUAGUUGAAUCUAAUUCUAGCAUUGAGACUGCGGGUAUUACUACUGAGAUAUCAGAUUCAUCUUCUAUUUCUCAAAGUGUCCCCGUCAAUUCGUUUAGCAGUUCAUCUUCGCCAGUUCGCCCCGGAAGCACCAAACCUGCUGCUCACUAUUCUGGCUUGCACACUUCAGUCGCACCAUUGAAGACCUCCUCGAGCUUCAUUCCCAGCGCAAGCAUGACCACCGAUGCUGCAGGCGCACUGUUUACCGGCGCGGCUGAUAUGAACCGGUGGUCGAUUACUCACUUUAUAGGAGUUGCUGUGCUAAUGAUGGCGGCUGUCCUUCUGUGA